AUGUGCAUACAAAGUUGUCUAAAUUGGCUUAUAGAAGUGAAGCCAAGUAGUGAUCGUGUGGGGCCUUUGGUUGUUGCUGGUCUUCUAAAUGAUUCUAUGCAAUCUGAUAAGUGGAAAAUCCCUCCCACCUUGAAUUUCCAGGAAUACCCACCUGGGAUAAAACUUGUACCUAUGGGUAGUAGAACAGGGAAGCCUUUUCAUACUACAAACUUAGUUGUGUUUGCACCUGAGAAUAAUCAUGGCAACCAUGGUGAUAGUAAUUAUGUUGCUCAUGGAGAUGCAUUAAUAAUGGAUCCAGGAUGCCUGCCAGAAUUCCAUGGGGAGCUCAGGGAAAUUGUUGCUGCUUUGCCUAGAAAGUUAGUCGUCUUUGUUACCCAUCACCAUCGCGAUCAUGUGGAUGGACUUUCAGUUGUUCAGAAGACCAAUCCUGAUGCUUCUCUUGUAGCACAUGAAAACACCGUCUGUCGCAUUCGAAAAGACGAUUGGUCUCUUGGUUGUACCGCAAUUUCUGGAGCUGAGGAGAUCUGCAUUGGUGGUCAGCGUUUAAGAGUCAUUUUUGCUCCGGGGCAUACUGAUGGCCACAUGGCAUUGCUUCAUGUCAGUACUCACUCGGUGAUUGUUGGCGAUCAUUGUGUGGGCCAAGGUAGUGCAGUCUUGGAUAUUACUUCUGGUGGGAAUAUGGCUGAAUAUUUCCAAACAACUUACAACUUAAUGGAGCUUUCCCCACAUGCUUUAAUUCCCAUGCAUGGGAGAAUGAACCUAUGGCCCAAACACAAGCUCUGCGAGUAUCUCAAAAACCGCAGAAGCAGAGAAUCUUCCAUCUUGAAAGCUAUAGAAGAUGGAGCCAAAACAUUGUUUGAUGUAGUUGCACACGUGUACUCCAAUGUGGAUCGCAGUCUCUGGAUCCAUGCUGGAUCAAAUGUGAGGCUCCAUGUGGAUCAUCUUGCCCGGCAGGAUAAGUUACCCAAGGAAUUUUCAAUUCAGAAGUUCCAGACAACUUGUGGGAUGCAUUUCCUAUCCCGAUGGACAUGGGCAUUCUUAAGUGCUAGUUUCCCAUUUAAGCUUCAUACAUCAAGGAAGGCUAAACUACUUGGUGCUGUGGCUGUGGUUGGCUUUGCUGUACUGUACUCUGCUAGAAACAAGCUUAAUUCUAAAUGAGAGAAAAAUACAGGGUAUGUCUAUAACCUAGUGAUAGCUACACUUCCCCUUUCCUCCAUAUAACUACAAUAGUGAUGACAAUUGGACUUGAAAAUGGUAUUCCUAAUGCUGUUACAAGGAUAUGUGGUUAUAAUGUCCCAUCUUACUGUUGUGUUCCACUCUUACAGCAGUUGUUUGUAACAUUAUUAUGAUGUAACUUUUGGGCUUUUAAUUCAAAUUGG